AUGAGCGACGAGUGCGCCCCGCAAGUGCGACGGUUCCACAAUGGCGUCUCCUGCCUUUCGAUGGGGCUCAUCAGGGACAUCCUGAAGGACCUAAAGCAGAGGGCUCCGCCGGCGCUCGCCACGAGCAUCCGACCUUACUCCAAGGCGCACAGAACUAAGGCGGCCUUGUUUCAGCAUUUGAUGAACGUCCUUCGAGAGACCGACCUGAAC